UCCCUUCCUACCCCACAGGCAUCUUUCUGUGCCCCUUUCAUUCCAGUGCCUCACUGCAUUGUCCAGAGUCCAAGGAGGAGAGCAGGAAAGCAGGGAGAGUCUGUGUCAGUGAGCACACAGCAGCCACCUCCCUCCCCAACUCUGAUGCGAGGAAAUUUCUAACUUCCACAAAGGUGACUGCUGGAGGAAGGAAGGAGAGUAAAUGAAGAGAAAGAGCUGGAAUCACUCCUUCCAGAAGAAAGGGGAAGCAAGUGUGGCUGCAGAUCCCCAGUCUUGUGAAUGCUACAGCCCCGCUUUGGAGCAGGGUGGUGGCCAGGGAAAUAGUAGGAGUCCUGAAGAUGUCCCAUGGAUACUGAGCUUUGAGGCAAGGGGGAGGAUCAGAGUGGCAGGCAUGGUGUGUGGCCUGUGCAUCCUGACCUUGGUGCCCUCAGUGCUGGCUCUGGAAGAGGUGCUGCUGGACACUACAGGAGAGACCUCUGAGAUUGGCUGGCUCACCUACCCACCAGGUGGGUGGGAUGAGGUGAGCGUGCUGGACGACCAGCGCCGCCUGACUAGGACCUUCGAGGCGUGCCACGUGGCAGGGGCCCCCACAGGCACUGGGCAGGACAACUGGCUGCAGACGCACUUUGUGGAGCUGCGAGGGGCCCAGAGGGUACACAUCAGACUACACUUCUCCGUGAGAGCCUGCAACAGCCUGGGUGUGAGCGGGGGCACCUGCAGGGAGACCUUCACCCUCUACUACCGCCAGGCUGAGGAGCCCGAUGCCCCUGACAGCAGCCCUGCCUGGCACCUCAGGCAGUGGACCAAGGUGGACACCAUCGCAGCAGACGAGAGCUUCCCUGCCUCCUCCUCCUCCUCCACAUGGGCCGUGGGCCUCCACAGGACUGGGCAGCGGGUCGGGCUGCAGCUGAACGUCAAGGAGCGCAGCUUUGGCCCUCUCACGCAGCGCGGCUUCUACGUGGCCUUCCAGGACACAGGGGCUUGCCUGGCCCUGGUGGCUGUGAAGCUCUUCUCCUACAGCUGCGCCCCCGUGCUGCGGGCCUUUGCCUCCUUUCCUGAGACACAGGCCAGUGGGGCUGGAGGGGCUUCCCUGGUGGCAGCAGUGGGCACCUGUGUGGCUCACGCAAAGCCGGAGGAAGACGGAGUUGGGGGCCCAGCUGGGGGCAGCCCCCCCAGGCUGUACUGCAAUGGGGAAGGCAAGUGGAUGGUCGCCGUCGGGGGCUGCCACUGCCAGCCAGGACACCAGCCUGCACAUGGAGACAAGGCCUGCCAAGCCUGUCCUGCAGGGACCUAUAAGGCCUCAGCUGGGAAUACUCCCUGCUCACCGUGCCCUGCCCGCAGCCAGGCCCCUGACCCUGCAGCCCCCAUAUGCUCCUGUCUUCAGGGCUUCUACAGGGCCAGCUCUGACCCACCAGAUGCUCCCUGCACUGGUGAGCUGUCCUCCCCACUCCCAGAAAAGCUGUCCUUGGUGAUAGGCUCCAUCCUGGGGGCCUUGGCCUUCUUCCUGCUGGUGCCUGUCACUGUGUUAGCUGUUAUCUUCCGAAGCUGUUAUCUUCCGAAGGAUUGUCGAGGUGGGCAGCAAAGGGUAGAAAUAGGUUCAUCAUUCCAGGAUGAUGGUUUGUCCCUUAGGAGGCAUCGUGGGACAGGCUGUGCAGAACAGCUGCAGCAGUACAGCAGCCCAGGGCCUGGGGUAAAGUACUAUAUUGACCCCUCUACUCAUGAGGACCCCUGCCAGGCCAUCCGAGAACUCACCCGAGAAGUCGACCCUGCAUAUAUCAAGAUCGAGGAGGUCAUUGGGGCAGGCUCCUUUGGAGAAGUGUGUCGGGGCCGCCUGCAGCCCCUGGGACAGUGUGAGCAAGCUGUAGCCAUCCAGGCCUUGUGGACUGGGGGUACUGAGAGCCUGCAGAUGACCCUCCUGGGCCGGGCUGCCCUCCUGGGUCAGUUUCAGCACCCCAACAUCCUGCGGCUGGAGGGAGUGGUCACCAAGAGCUGGCCCUUCAUGGUGCUGACGGAGCUCAUGGAACUUGGGCCCCUGGACAGCUUUCUCAGGGAGCGGGAAGGCCACUUCAGCAACCUGCAGCUUGUGGCCAUGCAGCGAGGAGUGGCCGAUGCAAUGCAGUACUUGGCCAGCUUCGCCUUUGUGCACCGAGCACUCACUGCCCGAAGUGUGCUGGUGAACAGCCACCUGGUGUGCAAGGUGGCCCGUCUUGGCCACAGUCCUCAGAGUUCAAGUUGCUUGCUCCGCUGGGCAGCCCCCGAGGUCAUUGCACAUGGAAGGUAUACAAUGUCCAGUGACAUCUGGAGCUUUGGAGUACUCAUGUGGGAAGUGAUGAGCUAUGGAGAACGCCCCUACUGGGACAUGAGUGAGGAAGAGGUCAUAAAUGCAAUAGAGAGGGAUCUCCGGCUGCCCCCACCUCCAGGCUGCCCUCCCAGACUACAUCUGCUGAUGCUGGACACCUGGCAGAAAGACUGUGCCCAGAGGCCUAAUUUUGACCAGCUGGUGGCUGCAUUGGACAAGAUGAUCCGCAAGCCCAACUCCCUGCAGGCUGAUCGGACCUCGUGGCACAAGGCUGGAUCUUGGGGCUGGAGUUCAGGAAACCCAGAGAGAGUACUUGCAAUCUCUAAGAAAGCUGAAGAACCUUGACCUGACUUUGACCUUCUUGCGCCCACUCACCUUACACCUCCCAGUGCAUCCUAAAUCAUGUGAUCCUGGACUUUCCUUCUCUGGACUCACCAAUGAGCAAAACUGAUGUGGAACAGUGAAGUGAAGUGUAUUUAGACUUUCCCAUGGGACAGAGUUAAUGAGACUCCAGCCUCAUAGUUUUUAUGCAUGACAAAGCCAGGCAGGAUAGGGCUGGGGUGCAGGUGGGUGCAGGAGACACUCCUGGGAAGUAGGGGAGUCCUUGCUCCAAGGUGACAGGGAGAAUGCAGAGUAAAUAGGAAAUG